CGUGGUGGACGUGGCAUAUUUGAUUAGAUAAGGUGUGGAAGAUUCCUUACCAGUUCAGUUCCUUCGCAGUUCGCAGUUCCUUCCUUCGCAGUUCCUUCCUUCAGUUCCUUCGCACAGUUCCUUACCUGUGCGAGGCAAAGGUGGCCUUCAGAAGGAGCGACUUGCAUUGAUCCCGAACUGACUGCCAGUCGUCAAAGGGCGAUCAGCAAUGGCAGCCCAAGCUCCGCCCGGCGCUGCGGCCGCUGCCAGCGGCGUCUCCGAGGCCAUGGAGGCGCUGUCGCUGGACGACAACACGGUAGCCGUGGGGACGGUUAACCUCCUGGAUCGUCUCCCAGCUGAGUUGCUUACGAUGGUGGUUAAACGACUAGACGAAUUCUCCGCGAUAAGUCUGGCAUGCGUGUCGACCCGCUGUCGUAAUGCUGUGGAGCUACAACUUGGUCGAUGCCGCAGGCUCUACAUCGAUGGCUUUAAGCAUUGGGACGCGAUAGACAGUGACGUGCUGUCGUCAUUGCUGUCACGGAUGACCGGUCUACGAGAACUGCGUGUCAGUGUAUCAUCACAUACGCGCGCCCGGGCAUCGCUCAUGGAGACAGUGGCUGUAGCCUCGGGCCACUGGACGGCAAUGGAAGAACUGGAUCUCGACUACAUGGACGUACCAAUGAUACCGGAGUGGAUUCAGCGAAUUUGUACCAACUGCAGCCGUGUCACCGGGGUUCGAAUGGGCCUCUGUAUCGGUGACCGGUGUGUUCAGGCCGUGGUGUCUUCACUCCCCGGACUGCGAGAACUCAACGUCCGCGCAGGAUCAUGUAUGGACCCUGGUUUUGGUUUUGGGGAAUAUCGGCGAUAUCGGUCACCAAACCAGCUGCUGUCAGCGAUGGCGCGAUGCACCCAGUUGGAGUCGCUCGAGUUGUCACACGGUGUACCGCUGAGCCACUUCCUGCCGCGUAGUGGUCUGCCGGCACUGCGCGAGCUGUCGGUGGUUUUCUCCGACAUAUCUGACGAAGACAUGGCACUCGUGAUCAGCCACCGGGGGUUGGAGUCGCUCAGUCUGGUCCGAAGUGGUCCGUCGAAAAGAGGCAUGGCAAUGCUAAGCGGUCUGCCAGCGCUGAAAGAGCUGAACAUCUUCACACCAGAUCAUGUUGUCUGUGACGGUGUACUGGACCGACUCGGCUCGGCACCUGCCCUAAAGAGUCUGCGUUUGGGAGACCAUUAUGAUCGGCCACGGGUGACUGCAGAAGGGCUUGUGCGUCUGGUGCGAAACUGCCGCACACUGACAAAGCUUACGCUAGAUUACCGGGAUACGGAGGAAACAUUUGCCUGCGGACCAGACGUCGAAGAGCCAGAGCUGCUCAAAAAGCUGCGAGCAUAUCUGGCUCGUUAGCCAGGUGUUCGGGGACCGGGACCCAUGAGCAGGCCCGUGCGGCGUGACCCCGGGGGACCUGGACUGCCCCAUACGGCGUGACCCCGGGGGACCUGGACUGCCCUGUGCGGCGUGACCCCGGGGGACCUGGACUGCCCUGUGCGGCGUGACCCCGGGGGACCUGGACUGCCCUGUGCGGCGUGACCCCGGGGGACCUGGACUGCCCUGUGCGGCGUGACCCCGGGGGAUCUGGACUGCCCCAUACGGCGUGACCCCGGGGGACCUGGACUGCCCUGUGUGGCGUGACCGCGGGGGGCCUGGACUGUCACGGAUGACCCCGGAUCGGUCGGCGGCAGUUGCUCGAAGUCGUGGGCUGGACCUCAAGAUUAGAGAUUCCAUAACCUACCUGCAGGGACGGCGUUACUUUUCGUUUUUUUAUGAUAAGCUCGUGUGUCGAAGAAAUUUGAUAUACCCGUUUGAGUGGCAGCGAUAUUAUCCUUGGUAAGCGGUUGUGCGCUAUAUUUCAAGCUUGACGGUAUGUUUUGCGAUGUAUGACAUGCUUCGUAAAUUACGUUCAAUACCUUGAAUCUUCGGGGCUCAGAGUAUCCGUUCAGAGUUUUGCUUUUUUUAAAUAUAUAUUACACUGAUGUUUGAAUUAGAUGCUACUGAACCUUUGAAACCGAGAAAAAAUGGUCCGUGCUCGCUUCUCUGAUGUUUUCAAAGCUAAGAAUGCAAUAAACCUUCAAGGAGUGUAA